CCAAUCUUCCAGCUAUUAGUACUUGGGGCAGACAGCAGUAUGGCACCAUGCCCACAAGUGAACUGUCUGACGCCCUCAAUCCCUAUUAUACCCAGUCACGGUCCAGACCAAGCUACGCAUCUACCACAAGCCAGCAUGUGCAGCCCACCACUCAGCAACAUGUCACACACCACGGAGAGUUAGAGCUAGCUAUGGCAGAGUCAUCUAGAGCUCGGGACACACCUACGACACCUCUUAGCGGCCCACCACCCUCCACUCAAGCAGGUCGUGUCACUGCUGUGCAAGAGCUGCUUCGCUUCCUUGCCUCUACAAGAGAAGCUUGUGAAAUUGAGAGGAGACGGAGAGCAGUUUGGGAACGAGAAAUGGAGGCUAAACACGCUCUUCAGAAAGCGGAGAUGGAACACCGCAUCCUUGAGCUGCAACAAGAAGUCACAGCGCUGAGAGCAUGUCUCCCUUCACACCAAUCUAUUCCCCCAGAAGUUCCAUCAACCGGUGACCCCGCUUCCGCAUUGGAAACUUUGCAGUUGGGGACUUCUUCCAGCGUCAUCCAACAACCGGCGCCUCUCUCCCCUGCUUGUGCCCAUCCUACCUCUCAGGUUUCCUUAGCAAUAGGACAAACAGCAGGAACUUCAGGUCCAGCAUCGUCACUUGCAUCACCUUCACUGCACUCAACGCGGUUUAUCAACGUCGACCCCUCACUCCCCGAUGGCAGUUAUACUCCUGGAGGAAAAUCGACUACCAUGUCUGAUAGCGACCAGGACAGCAGUGACGCUAGCUCUAGUUUCCCACAGCAUCGGCUUCGACGCCGGAACCACCACGAUAACCGCUGUCUGACUAUACAGCAUGCGAUACGCAACCACCUGUUGCGUGUUAUGCAUCUGGACAGUGACAAGCAGCUGCCGGAUGGCCACUUGGAAGGCACUCCUCUCGGUCCCGAUGAGCCAGUACGGUUCGUGUGGGACAAAACUCCAAAACAAUCAGUACAUAAUAGCCGCAUGAAGGAGCGUGUUCUGAAGGACCUCAAAGCCAACAGACGCGUCUACAAGCAUGUUCCAGACAAGGAAUUUGGGAAGAAAUCUUUAGAUGCUGCUUUUGACCAGGCAUUCGUGACUUUACGACAAAAGUUCAAGUCGCAAAGAGAUGCAUCCGCCGCGAAAAGCCAUCGGAAACGCGAGGACAUGAAGGCUAUGCGUGCUCGGAGGCUAAGUCGACGUAAGAUAAAACUCGGGAAUCGGUCUGAAGUUAGGAACCGGACUCCUGUGUUCGAACACGUCACAUUCGAUGGAGCGUUGCAACUUGAGUGCAUGUCGUCGGAAGAGUCGGAAAUUGAAGAAGACCCCACUAGUGGAACACGUACCGUAGUGUUGCGUGUUCGGGGUUGUCCAUGGCGCAGCCUUCGCCUACAGCACUUUUUCGACCUCCUAGACAAGGAGGACAAAGUAGCUACUGCGCAGAAGCCUCGACGUGGUGUGGGUCGUAAAGAACGAUACCGCGGUCCCCCAAAGGAAGGGUUUUUACUCCCGCCUAAGGGUGUCGCUAGCUGGAUGAUCAGCAAGCGGUGGAUGGUGAUGAUUCAGGCGUCUCAUUCCGAGGUUAUUGAUGGGCUGAAGGACGUGAUCGUUGACACCGAUGGAUUUGACUGGAAUCAAGUCCCUCAAAUGUCAGUUGAGAGCGAUGACGAAGGGUGUGAUGAACACGUUGGAGACGAAAUGGAGCGCUACAUACCACACACAGACUCCGUUGUCAAUAGUUCUAGCCUUCAGAAUGCUCUGUCGGGCUGAUGGUUACUGUAUUUACCUUACGUAAUGCUGUCCUCACAGUUGGGUCCCAUCACGAUACUACGCGAG